AUGAACGAGAAGAAUGAUGAUAUUCCAACGGCUUCCGGUGAACAUUCUGUACAAUUCAUAUUACGACGACAACAAGUUCCAGGUGACGGUUCGUGCUUAUUUAAUGCACUAAAUUUUUUGAUCAAUGACGGAAAUUUUGAUGUUCACAAUGCUGACAACGCCAAUUUACAACUGCGACACCAAAUUGCUCAUAUUAUUGAAGAACAACCAGAUAUAUACACUGGUUCUGUGCUCGGGAGACCACCCGAAGACUAUGUACAAUGGAUUCGAAAUACUAAUAGUUGGGGUGGUGCUAUUGAAAUUGGUGUGUUUGCAGAGGCUUAUCAAAUAGAAGUCCGUGUUCUCAAUCUUACUACCGGUCGUAUCAUUCCAAUUGGGCCAUCAAAUGCCACUCGUUAUGCCUAUGUUACCUGGAAUAGGACUCAUUUUGAACCAAUAUACUUACAAAAUCUAUUUACUCAAAAUCGUACAGCUAUAUUUGAACGCGGCGAUUAUCUAUCAAACAAGGACGAACAAGUGAAAAAAAGGUUUCAUCAAAGCGUUAAACAGAAAAGUAGAACUGCUGUCGCAGCUUUGGUUAACCAAUGGCGAACACGUACAUUGACAGCACCAGUAAUCAUUUCAUAUAGAAAUGAUCAAGGCAACACGAUGCACGGUGCUUUCUUCGACCACUAUGUCAUCCGAAAUAUUACACAACAUAACACGGUACUAAUUCGAAAUCCAACCGUGAAUACGAAUCGCUUCAUUGCUUUUAUUGGCAGAACUCAUCAUAGUUUGACAUUGAACGGUGUCCUCAAUCAUAUACCUCAGGAAGCAUCAAUUGCUGACUCUGGUUUAUUAUUUAUUCCUGGGCACCCACGUAAUGCAGAAGAAACACAGGGGCUUAUGGAUCGAAAUGAAUUUGAAGAAGAUCUGUUCCAACUUGCUCGACUAAGGGGACAACCGAUAUUGGCGGUUUGUGGUGGAUGUUGGAUUCUCUGGAGAUUCUUUGGAGGAAGAGUUGUACCAGUUACUGAUCAUUCCUAUUCAAAAACACCGUCCAUUAAAAUAGAUGGUGAUGUUGCUUACAAUAUGCAGAUUCAUCGAAUUGAUAUAAAAGAAAACACCAUGUUAAGUCAAAUUAUAUAUCCGGUACAAAAUAUACAAUUUAUGGUCAACAGCGUUCACUGGGAUGCACCACAUGGUCCUGUUCCAGAUGCAUUAAUAGUGAGUGCUACAGCAGUACAAGACGCAAAAAUUGCUCCGCGUAGUCGACAGAGUCAUCGAAUGCGUCCGACAAACAACAGUAUCGAAGCAUUCGAAACCAUCCACGGUGCACCUGUAAUGGGUAUUCAAUGGCAUCCUGAAGCAUAUUACCCAGUAGAAGGUGUCAACGGUGAAUUUAACUCAGGUAUUGUUCAGUACAUGGUUCGAGCUGGUGAUGCAUAUCUUUGCAAGCGGCUUUUACUCGUGGAAUUCAUAGACAAUUUUGUGCCAUGGGAGGAUUACUUCCCAUUCAUUAUCACAUUGUCGCACAUUUUUAAGUAA